CCGCCCCGCGCCUACCCCCGCUACAUCCUGCCGCUCGCCUUCGGCAAAUACUUCGCCUCCGUCUCCGCGCACGUCUCGCUCUGGAGGGUCCCGGUCUCGUACGCGCACACGGUAAAAGCGACGAUGCCAAUAUGGGUGGUUCUUCUUUCGCGGAUCAUUAUGAAGGAAAAGCAGACAACGAAGGUGUACUUAUCUCUUAUUCCCAUAAUAACCGGGGUCCUGCUGGCCACGGUCACUGAGCUGUCCUUUGACAUGUGGGGACUCAUCAGUGCACUUGCUGCUACUCUGUGUUUCUCACUUCAGAAUAUCUUCUCAAAGAAGGUGUUACGGGAUUCCCGAAUACAUCAUCUUCGGUUGCUGAACAUCCUGGGGUGCCAUGCUGUGUUCUUCAUGAUCCCAACGUGGGUUUUGGUGGAUCUUUCUUCCUUCCUGGUAGAGAAUGACUUGAGCACAAUGUCUCAUUGGCCCUGGACCUUGAUGCUGCUCAUAAUCAGUGGGUUCUGUAACUUCGCCCAGAACGUCAUUGCCUUCAGUAUUCUUAACCUGAUCAGCCCACUGAGUUACUCUGUCGCAAACGCCACCAAAAGAAUAAUGGUGAUCACUGUGUCCCUUAUCAUGCUUCGCAAUCCAGUCACCAGCACCAACGUCCUUGGGAUGAUGACAGCUAUCUUAGGGGUCUUCUUAUAUAACAAGACAAAAUAUGAUGCAAACCAAGAAGCAAAGAAGCAGCUCCUUCCAGUCACAACAGGAGACCUUGUGAACUUGGACCGGCACCGCAACACUCCUGAGAAGUCUCAGAAUGGACUGACGGCCUUUGCACCGCAUGGAGACUAUCAGUACGGCCGAGCCAACGUCCUGACAGACCACUUCCAGUAUAACCGACAGAACUACCCACCCACCUACAACUUAAAUCGUUUUGAUAUAUAGAGUCCUGACACACAGGUAUAGACUGUGAUAUUAAAGUGUCCCCAGCAUUAUCAGAAACUUUUAGUACAUCCAUGAAUGUAAAGCCAUUUUAUUGUAAAGUUUUGCAGAAGGGAGGAUGCAUGUGUAGUGAAAGUGGUACAGACCUUCAGCUUCUGCUGAGCAGAUCUUUAAAUGUGAAGCAGCUAGAUUGGACACUGGAACUGAAUGCACAGCGUAGCUCUCGUACAGGGAUUCUGGUGAAGUGCAGGUACAACAUUUCAGAGCAAAGUAUCUGCUGUCGCUGCUCCUUUUUGGAGUCUGUCAAUCGGUUACUCUUUUGGCAGCUAAACACUGGCCAGUACUUUUUUCCACACUGAUAGUGUCACUUUUAAUUUGUUCUCUACUAUUUUAAGAAUAUGAAAUUGUCAGGAAAAAAAGGAUGUAAUUGGGCACACACCUGGUGAUCAGAAUUUGUCCGCUUGGGAGGAUUGUGUCAGUUGUGGAUAAAGAGCCUGGAGUUCAUCUUGAGCAAAUACGAAACUUCAUGUGGGUGUUAAUUACCUCUAUGCCUAUGCCUCCAGUUUUUGAUGACAAACCAGAAGUAUUUCUGAAAGAACAGACAGUAGAGAGAGAGAUCCCUUCAAGAAACGCAUUUAAAGCAUAGAGAAACGGUUUUCUUUAAAAUCAUUGUUGUCUCAAACAAUGCAGAUAACAGAAAUGGAGACUGAGAUCAUCUCUGUUUUCUCAGUAAUGCAGCCCUGUAAACUCAGACAUUUUUCUUCCCUGGCAGUGCAGGAAGCACCUGACAAAUAAAGCAUUUCUAAUAA